AUGUCCUCUGACGAAAAGAAGCGUAGUAUAGACAAUGACAAAAAGAGAUCCAAAAAGUCUACUUCUAUGGGUUCUGAACACCAGCCAUCUAAGAAACCUAAAUUCUAUUCUGAAGAAGCCAUGGGGUCAAUAGGCAUAAACAUACAGAGGGGUGCAUUAUUUUCGCACAGCAAGAAUUCAAGGUUAGGUGACGGCGAAAGACAGCCUAUUUCAGAGCUAACACAAGAGCAGGCUAAUAAUCCAUUUAUGGUCUCAGAAAACAUGGAGCCGAUCGUGGUCGAUAAUUUUGCAGAAGAGACUAUAAGUGAAAUUGCCAUAUCAAAAGGUUCGGAUUCUCGAACGUCUGAAGGUGAACACGUUAUUCUAAGUCAUCAGGUCCGCCAUCAAGUAGCCCUUCCUCCAAACUACCAAUACACGCCAAUUUCUCUACACGUUCCACCUUCAAAACCGGCAAGAACAUAUCCUUUUGAGCUAGAUCCUUUCCAAAAAGUUGCGAUCGCAUCGAUAGAACGAUCAGA